AUGUCACAGUGUUUAUUUAAUGAUAACGACGAUGAAGAUAUUAUUCUUUCACAAAAUUUAGACGAUAUAGAAAAGGAAUUAGCAGUGAAAAAUGAUAUUGAGAAAGAUGUGGAUUACGGCGAAUUGAACCUUAUUUCUACUGCAGAGGAAUUUGUUAAAGCAGAGAUGGAGAAAGAAUCUGAUUGUGGUGAAUUUAACGUAAUUUCUACAGCCGAGGAACAAGUUAAAGAGGAAGUGAAAUCGGUUGUGGUUGAAAGGUUUCAAACGCAAGUAUCUCAGUUUGAAAUAGACACUUUAAUACAUUCACAAACAAAUGCUAAUACCAGAAAGAAUACUAAAUGGUCACUAAAUAUAUUCAAUGAAUGGCGGAAAUGUCGAUCGAAGGGUGAUAAUGAUAUACCUGAAUUGCAAGAUAUGACAGCAGAAGAAUUAGAUUAUUGUCAAAGAUGUUUAUAUACAGUAUUUAAAACCUAUUUAGACGCGAUAGAAUCUGGAAUGUUUUAUAGAAAGCCAUUACAGAAUGGCAUAAGAUAUGGAAAGCAGCCUGUUGGGAUUAAUAAAUUAGGUAAUUUCAUGAAAGAAAUGUGUCAACAAGCUGGUUUAGUCGGAAAUUACACUAACCACUCCGGUAAGAAGAUCUGUGCUACUGAAAUGUACCGCAAUGGACAAGAUGAACAAUCCAUCAUGGAACGCACAGGUCAUAGAUCUGUCGAGGCGUGUAGGGUUUACAAAAUUAAAUCCGACGAGUUGCAGAAACAGGUUUCAAGUGUUUUAGAGGCGCCAAUAAGUGCUAAAGAAAGUAGUGAACCUGUUUCUAAAAAAGCGAAAAUUUCUGUUUCCCCACCCCCACUGAAGGACACACGUUUUAACGAAUUAAUCAACACUUGCGGACCAGUACAUUUCAAUAAUUGUAAAUUUACUUUUAUGUAA